CGCAACUUUCCAUGUGCUCACUUCCGGAACAAGCACUGUUGAAAAAAACAUAGAAAGUGUUACUCAUCCCGUUAAGAAUUUCAUUCUAUUGAUUUAUUUGCCCCUUACUUGUAAUAUAUGUAACAUUUUGUCUUGUAAAUAUGGCUAAUAUUGCUGCUGCUCGAAUACAAAGAGAAUUCAAAGAAGUGGUUAAAAGUGAAGAGGUGGAGCGGUGUAAAAUAAAAGUAGCACUCAAAAAUGAUAUGUAUAAUGAGUUAGAAGGGACGAUAGCAGGACCUCCCGAUACACCUUAUGCUGGGGGAACAUUUAAACUAGAAAUAAAAAUACCAGAAACAUAUCCAUUUAAUCCUCCAAAGGUAAAAUUUACUACAAGAAUAUGGCACCCAAAUAUAAGUUCAGUCACAGGAGCUAUUUGUUUAGAUAUUUUAAAAGAUCAGUGGGCUGCUGCUAUGACAUUAAGAACAGUUUUAUUAUCGUUACAAGCUUUAUUAGCUGCAGCAGAACCUGAUGAUCCACAGGAUGCAGUUGUAGCCAAACAAUAUAAAGAUUGUCCAGAAAUUUUUAUAAAAACAGCCAGACAUUGGACAAAUAUAUAUGCCGGUGGUCCCCAUAGAGAAUUGGAUUUAGAAAAUAAAAUUACACAAGUAAUGGGAAUGGGAUUUGAUGAGGGCAAAGCUAGAGUAGCACUAUCGUCACAUAAUUGGGAUAUAGAAAGAGCGACAGAGAAUUUACUCAGCUAAUAUUCAUGUGUUAUAGACAUUUUAACAAAUCUACGUCCUUUUGUUAUUUAUGUUGAUGAUGAAACUCAUAUGUGAUAUUGUUAUGCUGGAGGGCAAGGAGAAGGGUAACGCCAAUACUAUGGAUGACUUCAUUGUUAUAAAUCGACCAUUUGUCAGCAAAAUCAAUAGUUAUCAUUCUGUACGGAUGUAAAUCAACAGGCUGUUCCAAAAUUAUUCAUGGUAGGGUGAUGGAAGGCACUCAAUUAUUUGUGGGCAAUUGCAUUUUCUUAGAAUAUGUAAAAGUUAAACGUAAAAAAAAAUUUUACAUUAUGGGUAGUUAUUGUCUAAAGAAAGUGCCUCUCAUGCCCCCCUCCCCCCAUGAGUUUAAUUCUGGAACGGCCCCUAAAGGGAUUUUCAAUGAUUCAUAAUUUUUUUUUGUUAUGGGCUAUAUUUAUAAUGGCUUCUGAAGUUGUCUAAUGCACAUGAUGUACAAAGAUGAUAAUGCUUGUAAUAUAAAAGUUUUAUUUUUCUUUAUAAUUUCUGUCUUGAUGUUAAAGAAGAAAGUUCCAUUUGAGGUCAACUUGGCCAGUAAAUUGUUUUACUAAAUUUCCUUACAUUGCCGAAUUGAAUAUUGAAAAUCUAUGCACUUGGAAAAACGCUGCAGUUUUUUGUUAAAAGUAUUUCCAUUUCACAAUUAAUACAGCCAUGCAACAACAUCAAAUUAAAUUAGAUGACAAAUUAUUUCAAAAUCUUGACUGUUUGAUUCUUACAUUCUGUGAAACAAUAAAGGGCCUAAAUCAUGCCCAAAAAGAGGAAAUGUGUUUUCUGUUUAUUACCUGGAGGCAUGUGCUCUAUGUUAAGUCAACCACAAGGAACUUUGUGUAUUAUUGCUGAAAAUUGUUUACCAAUCUUCCUUAUGAUAUUACUUCAAUUAUGUUACAGGCCAAAUGUAUCAUUACGUUUAAGUUUAUACUAACAUUUUCUGAAAAUUUUUAUUUUGACAUGUGAUUAAAUGUUAUUAAAGUGUGAAAAUUGUGAUUAAUAAUUGUAUCAUACAAGUUUUGGUGAAUUUGCAGGCCCAAGAAAACUAAAAAAUGUACCAUCUCCUUUUUAAAAAAAUGACAAUAGUUAUUGACCUUGGUAUGAACUUGUAAAAUGUUAAUUUUUUUCAAAAUUUGAUUAAAAGAAAAUUAUAUAAAGUUUUUUUAAUAAAAUUUAUUACUAUAAACACAGUUUCUCAGAUUUGCUUUGAAAGUUAUUGACCUUUUUAACAUUGCACAAAAAUUUCGAUGCAAUCUCUGAAAUUACUAAGAAGAUACGAAAGGGAUAUGGUAGAGGAAUCAGGAAACUUUUCUUUGCAUAGGAAGUAGAAUUACAAAAUAAGGGAGAUAACUGACAUGACAAAGUAGUAUUAACCUAUAACUCUGGUCUUGCCCUCCAUAAUAUCACCUCAUUGUAUGUUAUACCUACUUAUAUCAUGUGAUCAAAUAUCAUUAUGUCAACAGAGACUUAUGGCUUGUAUGAUUACUGUUUUAUUGAAGUUUAAAAUUGAUUGUUUUUGUUAGAACAUUAUAUUACAUUGAUCUCCACAGACCGACAUUUAAAUUGUUUGCACACAAAAAAUCUAUGACUACAUCAUGUAAUAUUAGAUUACUAGACUAACUUGUUCAUGGCUUUUGACUGAUUGUUGUUUUUUUGUUUAAAGAACAAAAGUUUUCAUUGUCAUCAUUAUGGAACUAUUUGAACAUUAUUUUAGUGUUUCGCCUAGUAUGAAUUAUAAUAUUAAGGCUUAGAUGAGGAAAAUAGAAUAUUGUUCGGUAAGAAAGAAAUGAUGUCAGUUCAGUUUCCACCAAUUGUGAAUACAGAGUAGCCUCCCCUGAUGAUAUGAUUUAGAUUUAUUGUUAUACCUGUUUAAGGAUCAGACAGGCAGUGUAUAUAUAAUAGGAAAUGAAUUGACAUUAUAGGCUAGGAAUGUGUUUCACCUAAAAACUUGAAAAUUGGAUUGGUUUCAAUGUUAGUAACAUUUUUUCUUCCAAACCUCUUUAUUUGAACUAAGGCAUCUUUAAUAUGUGUAGAUAUUGAAUAUAUAGUCAAAAUCUAUGGAAAAAAAUUGAGGUAAUCUGUCUGAAAGUUUUUCCAUUGCAGAGUUUGCAAAGGACUAAGAUUUGAAAACCAUUGAAAGUUGAUCUUAUCAGUAAAAUGAGAUUUUUCUGGACUAAAUUUAAAUUAAAAUUAAGAAUAUUUUAUAGUUAUAUGAUAAUGAAUCAGUUAAGAGGGUCUGUUUUGGGUCACUUCAUCAUAUUUUUCCUAUUUGCAUAUAUUUCAUUCUUAUUCUUAUAAAAUAUAUAUCAGUUUUUAAAAUUUGCAUAUAUGGCAAAAUCUGUUUGCAUUAUAUAAUCAAUGCACUAACAUUUGCUUAAAAAAUCCUUGACAAGUAGGGAAGCAGAUUUGUGAUAGUGAAUAUACAAUUCUUUGUAUAGAAUGAAAACACAAAAAAAAUUUUUUUUUAAUAAACUUUUUUAUGCUCCACUUAUUAAGUAAUAUAUAAAUAUUUGUAAGAUUAAAUAGGGAAGAAUCCAUAUUUAUACCCAAAACAUUUUUCAGUUUCAAAUUGAAGAGGUCAUUGGGAAUUGUUAUUCAAAUAAAGCCUGUGAUUUUAAUGUCUUGAAUGGAUGAUUGUGAAGUAUGACUGUACUCUUAGAUGCAACAAAAUGGUAACCAAUCUUACAGAUCUCUUGUUAUUUAAACUGUCUUAAAGUAUUUAUAAGUCCAUCGUAGAAGGGAUUUAUUAUGGUAUACUGUUGUCUGUCUGUCCUUCCAGGUAUCAGACCACUAUGUUACUUUCUAUGUUAAAUUCACCAAUUUCAGGUGUUCAUAGCUAUUUUGUGUUCAGUUUAAAUAAAGUGACGGUAUUAUUAUGUCAAAACAAUACCUUGUCUGGCUUGUGCUGAAAAUUGAACAUUCCUUUAACUUCGUAUAAAAGCCCACUGGUUCUGUGAAGGCAGGAAAUACAAACACAGGUACUAAUCACCUGAGAAACACGCAAAAAAUACCCUUCUAUUUCAAUUUCAUAUAACUUUUAUAUUAUUGAAAUUAAUCAUUUAAAAUGGGUUCAAUAGUGAUCCCAGGUCCUUAAUCUUUCAUUUCAUACCAAAAUUACCCAAAUAUUUUACAUAAUUAUUUUCAAAGUUCCAGCUAUGCGUAGGAACUAUUUUGUCUGAAAUGUGUACUACUUUCUUACAUGUUAUUCUUGACCAGGCCCUGAAUUAGUGGUUUUGUACCUGUACAGGUCAUACAAAAGCAAGAGAAUUAUUUGAUCGAAUUUCAUGUAACUAGUAUUAAAUGUUUGAAUUGGUGGAAAAGGUCCCUUUUGUUUUUGUUUUUUUUUUAGGUUUAGUCAUUCCAGAGUUACAGGAUAUAAGGCAAUAUUUCACAUAAAGUGCACUAACUCGAGUAUAUGAUUGAAUUAUUUAAAACUUAACACUGUUGUUGGAAUUGGUAAUGUUAGGUCACUUUCAGUUCUGAAAAUUAUCUGGUUUGUUAUUCAAGAGUCAAUGAACUUUACCAAUCAGAUUCAAGUAAAUUUUUCUGCAGAGCCAUUUUACUGACUUCCUAUUAAAUGUCUUCUACAGUAUUCCAUAUUAUUCUUGUGCGUAAGAUGGGUGUACCAUGUUCUCCAGGUGCAGCUGUUUAUUCAGUAUUACUAGAUUGUAAUCACAACUUUAAAACAUUUCUGUGUUUUGAACUGGUGUUUACUGGAACUAAAUUGAACAAUACCAGAACCAAAUGAACAUGAAAAUAUUUAAAAUCAUUAGAAAUAAAUGGUAUUUGUUCUUUUGUCCUUUUAACUUUUUUGAUUGAAUGGUCACUGAUGAGUCUUUUGUAGACAAAACGUGCGUCUGGCGCACAAAAUUAUAAGCCUGAUAUCUUUGACGAGUUUUUAUAGUUACAAUAUGUAAUCUUUAUGAGAUAAAAUAAGUUAUUCUCACAUGUUAGAUAUUUGGCAUAUGAAUGGCUGUGGGUCAGUAUAUAAGUAGAAAUCUGCUAAAUCAUCAAGUGAUUGGGAUUAAAUAUAGGUUUAGAUAAAAUAGAAACUAUGUUUUAAAGCCAUUCUAUGUUAAUGGAUAUUUACCAGAAGUAAUGUCAAAUUUCACCAUAAUUAUUUAGACAUGUAAUUGAUUAAAUUAUUAACAGAUGUUAAAUUCAACUGAGCAGUAAUUUUGCAGUUGUAAAUAGAUUUUAAGUAACAUGUUGAGCUUUAUCUAAAUAUAUUUAAUGUAUAACACAAUUAUUAAUUUGCAAGACCAUUGCAGGAGCAUGGAAAAUGAAAUUGAGAUGAGUACUGUAAAUUCAGAAAUUAUUGCGAAGUUUUUAUUAAUGCGAAUAAUGCGACUCGGUUAGUAUUGCAAUAAUAAGAACUCGCAUUUAGAUAGCUAAACCAUUGAUCUAUAUGUAGAUUUUUCUAUAAUCGCAAUAAUUGAACUCGCAUUCUUGUCCAUUUUUGAAAAAUCGCAAUAAUAAACGCACGCAAUAAUAUCUGAAUUUAAAGAAACACCUGUACUAAUUUCCAUUCUUUCUUUAGAUUUAAAGUUUUGAAAGAAAACAAUAUAAAAUGUUUGCAAUUAUUAGAAACGAAAAAAACCUUACUAGCACAGCCAAAUAGUCUACCUCAUUUUAGAUCAUGUCUAAUUGUCAAGUAGUAGAAACAUAAGAUAGAGAAAAUGUAAAGAAACCUUACUGUCUCUUUUUUACAAUCAAAAGCUGCAUUUAUUAACAUAAGUCAAUGAAAAGUCAAACUUUCCAUUCCACAAAACUUGUAUGACCUAAUAGAAAUUCAAAUUUUCAAAUUCAUAAGAACUAAAAAAAUAACAAUGAUAAAAAUUCUAGAUUAUGGCAGUAAUGACAAAUUUAAGUUGCUGAGACAGAGUUUAUAAUCCUGCUUGAAUAUAUUUAUGUCAUAAAAUGUUGCUAUAUUAGAAGCAUCAUUUCUUGAUUAUAUCUGAACCCUUUUUUCUUGUGUCCUAAACCAACUAGAUAGCGAAUUUCACGCAAGGCUUAUGUCAGCAUCAAAGGUUCUGCAAUUUGUAGAUGUGAAAUACGAAUUUGACCUUGACAUUUGCAAUUAAACUCUGCAUCAGGUUUUAGUCCCAAAAAAUUAUGAAAAUGGAAAACCACUCAUUUUCUAAUUCACUUUCGAAAAAGAAAGAGUGGUAAUACAGGCAUUUUAAGUCAUUUUGAAAUGCUAUCACUUGGAUGUGUGAAUUAGUUUGAAAAAGAUACUAUUUAGACAAGUAUUUAAAUCCUGAGGUCUUGACUUCAUUUUUGUUUGUUUGUAAUAUAAUUAUGUUUGCUUCAUUGUGUAUAUUCCUGAAUGAAUGACAUCUCACUGGGCACAAGGUUUGUUUUAAUUUUAGAUUUCCUUGAAAACAUACCUGAAUUAUGAUUAUGGAAUGUGAAAGAAUCAUUAUAAAUUUCCCUAUAUAUUGAUUUUUUUUAAUAUAAUUUAUUACAGAAGCUGUUUAUAGACAAUUUAAUCUUAUUUCCAGAACAUUACAAAAUUCUGUGUAAUUUACGAAAUAUCCUUUUUUAUUUAGCUACAAAAAGUUCAGUUCACACAGAGAAAAGCACUUAAAACCAGCAUAUGAUGUAAAUCAGUCGUUUAUUAAAUAAACUUUUUUUAUCAA